AUGCCUUCCCAACCUUCUCGCGAUAAACCGAAGAGCCGCUCAAGAAGGCCUGUCCAGAAAGCGACCGUAAUCAAGACCGCCAGCUCGCAGGCAAACCCGCAAAAUUCUACAGUCGACAAGAAGAUACUCGAAAGAAUCCAAAAAUGCCUUGAUCGAGCCUACCACCCCAAUGCAUCCGAGGCAGAGGCCAAAGCCGCUCUUUUUGUAUCCCAAAAGCUCAUGAGCCAGCACAACGUGACUCAAGCAGACCUCAUCGCUAAUGACAGCAAGAAAAGCAAAGCACACUAUGGGGGACGUAGCGUUGUGCAAAUCACCAAGAUCGGGGGUUCCUCCCAAGAGUUCUUUGACUGCAAACAUUACUGCACUGAUUAUGGAACCUCCGUGGAAUGGACAUUCUAUGGCAUCGCGGAUAAUACAGUGCCUGCCGCCUCGGGGUUUGAAAUGGCACAUAACAAAAUUCUGGAAUGGGCUUGUGACUACAAGGGCGGUACGCCAACCUUUAGUUAUCGUCUCGGAGUAGCGGACGGGCUUUAUUCCAUGGCAAAUCGGGAGAAGGACAGAGAGCUGGAAGACGCUAAGCGCAAAGAAAUUGCACUGUUACGGGCAAAAGAGGAAGAGGAUCAGCAGCAGCGUCAAAAAGAGCUCGAAAGGCUUCAGAUUCUACCAGGUCCGUCGCACGACUCAGGCAGUCCCGACGAGACCAGAGUUGGUGAUCUGUAUCCAGGUAACUCAGAAGAUAAAGCGGCUGCAAACUCUGUGCGGGAUCACGAUAUGUAUGACUCUGAUGCUGAUUCUCAGAGCUCCUCAGACGCCAAUGAGGCUGUCAAAUGCGAGGCCGAUUUCAACAUCGACGACGUGAACGCGAUGGAUCUUUCCGGUGAUGUCGAUAAGGACAUUGAGCGCUUCAUUAAGCCCGAAAAGACUGAUGCUGUGGACAUGAGUCAGAUCCCUGACUCUAAACCUAAGCCAAGCACAAACAUUAAGGUUGAGUCCGAGCCUCAGCCCGCUGCAGCAUCGCCAUGGGAUUCUGGAAUGCAACUGGUGCGGUUCCGGCAAACCGCAGACCAAGUCGCAAGUGAUUACCUCCGAGAGAAAAAAAAUCAAAUUGCGUUCAGGAAGGUCUCAGACUUCGGUCGUUCGAGAUGGAGAUGCAUAUCGUCAGGGCCGGAAGGACAGCUCAAAAAUCGAGUUCCGCUAAUUGAUUCUUCGAAGGACUGCUCUCGAACGUCCACGUUUCACCGUGGAUGUCACUCCUAUGGGAGAAAUGAUCGUUUCAUUUGUGCAUUUAUUGUCCUUUAUAAAGCCCGCAAUCACUGGUAG